AACCAUUCAAGCUGAAGGAAAUGGGAAAGGAAAAAACUUGAAAGACAGGGCAUGUUACCGAAUAAUGUAGAAAUCAGCCCUGACAUACUAUAUCAAGCAAAACAAACAUUCAUUGAGAUGCAAACAGUGGGGGCAGAAACAACCGAGCAGUUCCAUGGAGGUGAGUUCAUAAUUGAAUAUCAAACAGAUCUUCAAGAAUGAACUCAACACCAAAAUGGUUUGUAUGUACUUCCUUUUUUAGACAAGAAGGUACACUUUUUGUAUGUACUCGCAUAUGUGCCCAUAGUGCACAUUUUUUGUAGUUUCAUUCGUGCAUGCCAUAUACAAGUAUUAAAUGUAUGACUUGAAUGAUUAGAUGUAUAACAAUUAAUUUAUUGUCUUACGACCGUCUAUUCGCAACCCUCUUUUUACUAAACACAUACCCCAUAUUUCUUAAUCCCUUUUAUGUCCUUCGAACUUAACGUCUGGCUCAUUCGUGAAACGCCCGCUAACAUGCCUAUAUUGUAUCCGUCAGCUAAUGUCUGGACUUUCCAAAAAGAGGGAGAACCAAAGACUCAGACCCUUCCCAUUCUCCAGGCUCAAGCGAGCCAGUACGUCGGAAUUCCGAAGGGUGCAACGCAACGAGAUCUGUAGAAUUCUAGCAGCAGAGCGAAGAUAGAUAAGUAAGGUAGAAAGAAACCGGAUCUGGAAUUCCAGCUAGCACCGUUUACCGGAUCUCGGAGGGAUUGGGUUCCUGGAAACGACGUAAUUGACAUACCUCAAGCUCACGGAUUCUGAUGACAGUCCUUAACAACAGCUACUAAUUUGUUUUCGAAUGGAAACUUUAAAGCGACAUCUUCUAUUCUCCGGACAAGAGGGGCUGCAAGAACUUAAGAAAAUUGAUGUGAGGUUUGAGGAAAAAAUUUAUGUUGCAGCUACAAAUCAGUCAAAUUAUCUGCGGAAGAUAUCCUUAAAGAUGUUGUCAAUGGAGACAAAAUCAGCACAAAAUCCCAUGGCUAAUCCUCUGCAGGCUAAUAUUGCCAAUAGUAGUCAAAAUGCUCAAGAGGCAACCUUCGAAGUACUUCCUAGGCUCAAUGAAAAAAAGUGCAGCAGUGGUGUUGUCAAUGAGCUCUUGUUCCUGGAUAUGCCACGGGAAUGUCGAUUUCUAUCUGGGAUAACGAUGAUAGAAUAUGAUAAGGCAGUUCAGGAGAGUGUUUAUGACCAACUUCGUGUUGUUUGGGAGGGUCAGCUUUGCAUAAUUUUUACUCCUGACUUGAAGUUCAUUGCGUGGCAUCAUGAAGAGCUUUUACCUAGGAGAUUGGUUGCACCAGGUACAAAGUAUUAAAAUUAAUGGAACGUUAGAUCUUAGGUAGAUAGUUUUUAUCGUUCGGUCCUAUAUCUACACAUUUUAUCUUUCAAAUCCCUUGAUAGUGAACGUAUCUAUGAGGUAUAAGUUACCUAGUCAAAACUAGCAAAUAUUCCCAUAGGUCUGCAAGAAUGCACCCAUCGAGAUAAAAAAAAUCUCCAAUUUCAGGACAUUCAAUUAAUCGUAGAAUUGCCUAGAUUAGGUAGGGUAAUCAAAAUGCAUCUGAUGUAGAAAAACUGGAAUUUUUGGGAUUCCAGAUUGUAGGCAGACCCGGCUAAUUCCUUACUAUACAACAAGAAUUUUUUAGAACGAGUUUCGAAGCCUAUAGUAUAUUCAUUGAACAAGUAUAGUCCCAUCGAUCAUAAAUUAGUGAAAUCAGACAGAAGUUUUAGAGAAAAACUAACCUUACGUCUGAUAUUUUCUGUUUACCGGGUAUUGAUGGCUGAAUAUGGGUCUGUCGGAGAGCGAUGAACUCUGGAUAUGCUUUCACUGGUUCGCCAUCUGGGAGUGAGAAAUCCGCUGUGGGGAUGGCUUUUACGAGAGUUGGAAAUAAUUAGAGCAAAUGCCUAAUUUAAGUUUUUUUUACUAGUUUUGGGUAUCGGUUAGGGGUGAGUCGGAGAAACCGAAAAUCAACCGAAUCGAAAAACCCGAACGGCAACCAAAACAACUGAAUCGCAAGAAAACCGAAACCGAACUCAAAAAACUGAAUCGAACCAUAGUUGUUUGGUUUCAGUUUUGGUUUUCACAUCUCAAAACCGAAUCGAACUGAAUAAACCGAACUUUAUAAAACUAGUUAUUUUAUUUACUAAUCAUUAAGUAUCACAUUUUGUUUAGUACUUACGGUGUAAUUCUUAAUUCUAGAAAAUUAAUGUUUGAUACUAGAUGUAUUAUGAUUUGCAAGAUAUUGACAUUUAAUAUUAAUGGUUUGAUUAAGUGAAACACUUGUACAUAUACAUAACUGAUAUUUUAAAUCGUAACUUACAUUUUGCUUGUUGUUGUGUGACAAUGAUAUUUUGUUGAUAUAUUAUAUGUUAUGUAUAUAUGUUUGUUAUCACAUAGUUUUUAUAUUGAACACAUAUGUAUUAAUAUAAACUAUACUUUAAACAACAUAGCAGAAAAUGUGAAACUUUACAGCAUAAAUAUCUUUUUCUAAAAAGAAAGUAGAAUAAGUUAUUUACUAAUAAAAUUUUAACUUGCGAAUGCAUUGUAUAUAAUUCACAUAUAAAUAAACUCACAGAUUUAAUUAAUUUUGAAAAUGUUUAAAUUGGUAUACACGUACUCUCUAAUUCAUUGCUUGGAACUGCAUUUGUUUCUUCUCUUUUUUUAAUUAUGUAUGUUUUUGUACUGUAUAACUAUUAAUACUAGUUUGAAUGUUUGAUAUAGUUUUUUUUUCAAUAACUAUUUUUCUAAUCAACAAAAAUAUUUUGGUAAUAACCGAAAAAACUAAAGCACAUUUUUCUAAUCAUAAGCUAUCGGUUUGUGAUGGAGGAAAUACUAAAGCACAAAGGGGGAGGAACAACUUCAAGCUGAAGGAAAUGGGAAAGGAAAAAACUUGAAAGACAGGGCAUGUUACCGAAUAAUGUAGAAAUCAGCCCUGACAUACUAUAUCAAGCAAAACAAACAUUCAUUGAGAUGCAAACAGUGGGGGCAGAAACAACCGAGCAGUUCCAUGGAGGCUAGGGUUACGAGAUCCGAGUUUCCUAUGAUUGGGUUAGCUGUGCUGGCUUUGAUGGCGAUUGAGACAAGAGUUGCGCCAGUUGUGUUUGAUCCAGGUGGAACGUUGGCGGUAGGGGCCCUGGUUAAAGGAGGUGAAUUUGGCUUCAAUCGGCGGUUGGGAGAUCGGCGUGGUUGUUCUGGUCGCCUAAGAUGGUGGGGGAAGAAGAUGAGAUGUGGAUGAUUCGUCCCUCUCCUGAACCGCCGUCGCAAAGGAUUCACGCGACAAAGGUCUGAAAGACGGCGACGCAGCUGCUUUUUAUUUAUUUUUGUUUUAUGUCCUUUUUGCUACGCUUUAUUUUAGUUUUAUUAGGGCAAAUAAUAAGAGUGGUAGGUUUUUGGUUUGGUUUAUUUUAGUUGAUAACUUUUUGUAUAGAGGCAAUCAGGCUGAUUCAGCCGUUAAUAGCCUCAAAGCUCUCACAUUUUCAGCGAUUAGUCUCGCUCCUGUUGGGGUGGUCUAUUCUAUGUCUGAUGAAGAAGUGAGGGGGCCAGUGGGCUUCUGGUUAUGUCUGGUUAGAAGGAGGUUAGUGUCGGGUGAUUACGUUUAUGUUUUGCAAUUCUCUGGGAUGUAUUGCGAGUUUUUGAUUUGAUAUAAUUUGUCAGUUUCCUUUAAAAAAAAUUAAUUAUUAUGUAUACUAGUAUGGUACCUGUGUGAUCCACGAGUUUUUUUCUAUACCAUGAGAUAUUAAAUAUUUCAAUUAUUA